CUACCCUGGAGCAGUGACUGAGAUCCUCUGAGAGGGAACACAAAGCCUAAGAGUAUAAAGACAGAGCGGAGAGUGGCAAGCGGGGUUGGGGCCAGUGGACAAGGCGGCAAGAACAGCGGGUGCAGAGGGGCUCAGGACCAUGGCUGAGCCCAUCACCUAUGCAGACCUUCGGUUUGUGAAGGCACCCCUGAAGAAGAGCAUCUCCACCCGGCUAGGACAGGACUCAGACGAUUACGAGGAUGGGGAGCUCACCUAUGAGAAUGUACAAGUGCCCUCAGCUCCAGAGUGGCCAGUUGGCGUGGCUCCCCCUGGACUAGGGAACAAAGCAGCGGUCUUGCCGGAGCAGCCACCUGCGGCCUGGAGCGCGGUAACGUCAGCAGCCGCCGGGCGGGUUCUGCCCUGCUGUGUAGCCUACACUCACCUCCUCCUCCUUGGCCUGCUCCUCACCUGCCUGCUGUUAGGUGUGGCCGCCAUCUGCCUGGGAGUGCGCUAUCUGCAGGUGUCUCAGCAGCUCCGGCAGACGGACAGGGUUCUGGAAGCCACUAACAGCAGCCUGCACCAGCAGCUCCACCUAAAGAUAACCCAGGUGGAGAAUAGCGAAGAGGAGGUGCAAGGGUCCAGGAGGGAGCUGGCCCAGAGUCAAAAAGCACUACAGGUGGAACAAGGGCUUCGCCAGGCUGCUGAAGGGCAGUUAAAGGACUGCCAGUCUGACCGGGAGAAGACAGAGGAGACCUUGCGAAGGGAGGAGGGGCAGAGGAGCAGCCUGGAGCAGAGGCUGAGCAAUGUGCAAGACACACUGAAGUCCUUCUUCAAAUGUUCCUCACCAGAAACCUGCUGCCCCAUGGGAUGGAUACAGAAGAGGACAAGCUGCUUUUACGUCUCACCUAUUCAGAGAAAUUGGGAGGACAGCCGAAAGCAUUGUAAAUCUCUGUCCUCCGAUCUGGCCAUAUUCAAAGAUCUUCAAGCUUACUCUUAUUAUUCACUAUUUGACUCCAAAGAAAUCUUAAAUCAGUUGUUACCACCUGAUGGUCUAUUUAAUUCAUGUUGGAUUGGCCUCCGCUUCAAUAAGAACUGGGAGUGGACUGAUGGCACACUAUUCAAUGGGUUUGGGCCACAAAAACAAAGGUUUAGGACACAAAACCUAGACUGUGGUAAGGUACAAAACUAUUGGCAAAAACUGCAGCAAGAGCAGUGUUCACAUAUGCUUCCCUGCAUCUGUCAGAUGGCAGCCUUCAAGUAUCCAGAUGGGGAACACUUUUCGCACUUUUGAGCUGGAUACUCAUGCCAACAAGAGCCUGUGCCCCUCAUCCCUAACCUGUGGCCUGCAGGGCCUAUGAUGACCUCCCUCCAGUGCUCCCUCACUCUGCCCGGGCAGUGCCCAGCCCAUGACUGAUCCAUGCC